AUGUCCCAAGGAACUCUUUACGUCAAUGGUCUUGCCAGAGGUAUCUUGCCUCAAUCUCUAAUUGAGACCUGGAAGCUUGACAUCAAGGUUGAACAAACUGAUUGUGAGGUCUUCGCCAAGGAAUUCCCAAUGGCUAAGAUUCCAGCCUUCAUCGGUCCUAACGGUUUCCACUUGACUGAGGUGAUGGCCGUCCUAUACUACCUCGUCAAUCAAAACGAAGACGAAAAGGUGAAGGAGGUUCUUCUCGGUGCUACCGUUGAAGAACGUGCCCAAGUUAUCAGAUGGUUGUCCUUCUUCAACUCCGAAUGGGCCGCAGCUUUCGCUGCCGCUGCUGGUUACUUGUUGGGAUUGGUUCCUUACAACAAGAAGAUGUUGGAGGAAAAAAUGGCCUACCUUGACAAGUGUAUUGGUGUUGCUGAAGCCAGACUACGUGACUACACCUACCUUGCUACUGAAUCCAUUUCUCUAGCUGAUUUGUUCGCUGCUUCUAUCGUUGGUUUUGCCCAGACUCUAAUCUACGGUCAAGACUGGAGAGUCAAGCACCCAGUGCUAUUUAGAUGGUUCAACACCGUUGCUGCUCACCCAGUCAUUGCCAACUGCGUGGACCAAUCCAAGUUCUUGAAGGAAAGCAAGCAAUACGUCGCUCCAAAGAAGGAGAAGGCUAAGAAGGAGCCUGCUGCUCCAAAGCCAAAGGCCGCUGCUCCAGCUAAGGAGGAGGAAGCCAAGCCAGCUGAAACCCCAAAGAAGCCAAAGCAUCCUUUGGAAGCCCUUGGUAGAGCUACUUUCAGCUUGGAAGACUGGAAGAGAAAGUACUCCAACGAAGAUACCAGACCAGUUGCCUUGCCAUGGUUCUGGGAACACUACAACCCAGAGGAAUUCUCCAUCUGGAGAGUUGACUACAAGUACAACGACGAAUUGACCAUGACUUUCAUGUCCAACAACUUGGUUGGUGGCUUUUUCAACAGAUUGUCUGCCUCCGUCAAGUACAUGUUCGGUUCUUUGGUCGUCUACGGUGAAAACAACAACAACGGUAUCAUUGGUGCUGUUAUGGUUAGAGGCCAAGAGUUCGCUCCUGCUUUCGACGUUGCUCCAGACUGGGAGUCUUACGCAUACACCAAGUUGGACCCAACCAAGGAAGAAGACAAGGAAUUCAUCAACAACAUGUGGGCUUGGGACAAGCCUGUCGUUGUCAACGGUGAAUCCAAAGAGAUUGUUGACGGUAAGGUCUUGAAAUGA